AUGGAGAAUGAUGUAGCUAUAGACCUUGAAGCAAUGUUGAAGAACGCUCAACCUUUGUUUACAACCAAAAGCUGCUGCUACAAGGUGCCCCAUAAAAUCCGGCAAUUAAACGAAGAUGCAUACACCCCAACGGUUGUUUCAAUUGGUCCUCUUCAUCAUGGGAAUUCCAGAUUGAUAACCAUGGAAAGCCACAAACAGGUCUAUUGUCAACAUUUCAUUCAAAGAUCGAAUGCAAGUUUAACCGAUUUGGUGAGUUGUGUGCAACAGUUAGAACCACAAAUCCGUGCAUGUUACUUGGAGAAAAUUAACCUCACAGUAGACGAAUUGGUGAAGGUGAUAUUCAUAGACUGUUGUUUCGUACUUGAGCUUUUCCUCAAAGAUGAGUGGAUGAUAAAUGAUGCUAUCUCUUCAAAACCGUGGAUGAGUACUCGGGUAAUACAUGAUUUAUUAUUACUUGAGAAUCAGAUUCCUUUCUUUGUUUUUGACAAGAUAUACAAUCCAGCUUUUGCUUCUCGCUUAAAUGGUGAUCAUGAUCUAUUCCCUUCAUUUAUGUCGGUUGCUGUUACUUAUUUUUCAAUGUUCAACAAACAAGGAUUGUUAUUACCAUCAGCUAUAGUACAUUUCACUGAUCUGAUUAGAUACUUCAUCUUGCUACCAUCUCAUACAAGACUUUCAAGGAACCCUGAACUGUUAGUUCUUGGUCACAGUGCAUCUGAAUUAGUUGAAGCAGGAGUCAAGUUCAUAGUAAAUAAAUCAUCAUGCAUGCUAGACCUGGAAUUUGAUCAUGUGUCAUUAUCCUAA